AUGGGUUCACCUUUAUCACCUGUAAUUGCAAACCUGGUAAUGGAAAAACUGGAGCAACACUGCAUAGCUGAAUUAGAGAAGAAAAACAUCAAUCUAACAACAUACCGCCGGUACGUGGACGACUGCUUCUGUGUGGCUACUGAGGAACAAAUCAACGAAAUACUGGCGACAUUCAACAGUUUUCACAACAGGCUGCAAUUCACCAUAGAAAUGGAGGCGAAUAAAAGUAUAAAAUUCCUGGACAUGAUGCUGACUAGAAACAACGAGCUAGCUUUCAAACCACUAGAUAAGAUCAAGCAUCGUGUGUUUAGUAAGCUGAAAGACCCGAUCCCACCAAGCAAACAGAAAAAUGUAGUGUACUCUAUACCAUGUGGUACAGAUGACGGCAAAGUGUACAUUGGACAAACGGGAAGACGGUUGGAGACGAGAAUAGCUGAACAUAAGAACGACGCAAAGAAAAAAGAAGCCAUAUCCGGACUAGCACAGCACACUAUCCAGAGCGGACACAUGUUCGACUUUGAUAAUACACGCAUACUAGAAAGAGUCGAGAACCAGGAGAGCAGAGAAACCGCGGAGAUGUUCCACAUAAAGAUACUGGGGGAAGAAAAAACAGGAAACCUACAGCGUGAAUGUGGAACAUUCAACGCAAUGUAUAACGGUUUGGUCACUAAGCUACGGCAGUGUGAAAAAAGCAAGCAGGCAAUGGUUACUCGUCGGCAGCGGACGCAGCAUUAG